UGUUAGUCAGUUAGUUAGUUAGUUUGUUAGUCAGUUAGUUAGUUAGAAGUAAGAAUAGUAGGAUUAAAGAAGUGUGAUUAUUAAAAAUGGAUGUACUGGCGGAGCGGCUGGAUCAAGAGACCAUCGCUGUACUUAAAGGAUUCCGUUGCCAUAUGGCAGGAUGUAAACGCUUGAUACCAGGACACGUGGUAGAGUUGAAGCGGCAUUUCAAAUUUGUGCAUGGGUUGAAUGUCACUGGAAAAUCUGAUAUCCUGUUUCGCUGUUCAGAGUGUGGUGCUAGCUAUAGCUAUUUCAAAACUUUAAAAAGGCACCUGAUUACUUCUCAUCCGGACAUAAAACCGUACAGCGAUGUAAGACCAACUGUUGCACAACAAGAAGAACAUGUACCAGUCGAUCAAACCGAAACAGAUAUUGCACAGAAACGCUGUGCAGAAACGGACAAAGAGAAGAAACUCGAUGCAUCAAGAACUAAGGAAGCGCUACUGGUUAAGAUAAGGAAUUUCGUCACUUCGAUGCGGAUUGAUACUUCGUUGCCAGAGAGUAAAAUUCGAGAUUUCAUGGUAGCAACCGCAAAUAUCAUCCAAUGUUAUCAGCAGCACACCGAAGACGUAUUCAAACAAUUUUUGAAUGACAAAGCUAUCCCAGUCAAUGAUGAAGUUGCCGUUAAUGCACUGAACGACAUGAAACUGGAUAAGCUGUUCGAGGAAGUUCGAACAGCCGACGAAAAUUUAUCUUAUUUGUCCUCACUCGCUGGGUCUGCAGUGCCAAUUCCAAAGGAGAUAAUCUUAGGCAAACGGACGGUGAAGAAACUUGUCAAUCUGGAGCAACAGUUGGGUAAAAAGCCUAAACGUAUUAGGAGCAUCACUGUUGAGAAAGAUACUGCCCACUAUGUUUCAAUCCUUGAUACCCUAUCCUUGGUCAUGCGGUCGAAAGCGGCUCAGCAGAUGGUUGCCAAUGAAGAUUGUUUUGCAAGUUUCCGAGACGGAAAUCAAUACAAACAAAAUGACUUCCUCAAAAAUCAUCCGAACUCGAUACGAUUAUCACUCCACGUUGACGAUGUCGAGUACGUUAACCCGUUAGGAUCGCGUAAAACGAAACAAAAAUUAACGUUAAUCAGCUUUAAGAUUGAAAACAUGCAUCCAGCUAAAAAUGCCUCUCCAAGUCGUGUCUACUUAGCACUGACAGUACGAUCGAGCCAUGUGAAGACGUACGGAUACCAAACGGUUCUACAGCCGUUGUUGACGGAUUUGAAAAUGCUUGAAUCAGGAGAUGCUGAGAAAGUUAACGACAGGGCGCUACUUCUGCUGACGGAUGCUCAUUUGCAGACGAUGGGCAUCACAGCGGCUGGACCACGUAUCAUAAUACUUAGCACAAUAGAAGAAUUGCAAACAAACUUGGUCGCACCUGUAGCUCGAGAAGAAUCGGAGGAUGCAACGCAACAAUUGUCGCGAGAGAUGUUCGAAGGUGACGGGUAUUUCCGAAACAAAUAUUUAUACAAAACGUUAGACGCAAACAUAAUUCCGGACCAGAAUGGACUACACGCCCUCACCAGGAUUGCCGCCAAAAAGUUGUCCACGCGUAUCCUUGACGGCGGGCGAUACCCAGAGAUACAUGAGAUGGUACAACUUGCUAAGGAAAUAAUCAAUCUGUUUCCAAUACUCGAGCGAACUCGGUUGCACAAUACUGCUCCACCGGAGUCGUUUUUCUUCUGGAUUCACGGAGGCAAGGAAAGAGGUCCGCACACUGGCGUUGUGUAUCAUCAUUUACGGAACACCAUUCGAAAGCUACCGAAGCAAAUGCUAAAAUUUCAACGUAAAAGGAAGCUCUCCGAGGAAUCUGAACCAAUCUCCGAUGAGUUGUACGAAAGGGCAUUAGUGCUCACAAGGCUUCCCUCGCCGUCCGUAGAGGCGGUUCGUGGCCAAGAGGAAAAACAGGUUCCCUCCCGCGCCAAGCAAGCUAUUCUAGCUGUUUAUGCCUCGCUGCUUAUGAAUCGCCCAAGUGUUGAUGACGGCGAUGAUGAUCGCGAUGACGACUCGGCUGCGAACGAGGAUAUCAACGCAACGCCGCAGCCGCAACGGUGUUCUCCCGCGCAGAAGACGCAGGGCGAAAAUAGCCGGAGAUUUAUGUGCGCGCCUUCGACUGAUCUUCGCUGCAUGUUGAUAGAUAUUGUACCUACCUAG